AUGAACAAGAAAAGAGAUGAUUUGCGUGCAGGCUGGACAGAUUCCAAUCCUGGUCAGCGACCCGUGCAAAACCCCUUCACUGGCUCCGUCAGUGUUACUGGCGGUUCUGGAAGUAUUGAAGGCGAAGGAAAGCUCAUGGCUUUGCCUCAAAACUUCGGAAGAUUUGUCUCUUUCAUGACGGAAGGCAAGCGAUUGUUGAAGUGGUCACAAAACGAGGGUGCUCUGAAUGAGUCGAUUGUUGUGGAACUGUGGGAACGCAUGAAAUGGAAGCGCCCCACCGUGAACGCCGAUCGAACUUUCACUGUGGAGUGCCCUUUCUUCCUCGCUGCUGGCGCGUUGCAUGUGGAGGACGCAACCCCUCCAGUGACAUGGCUGCACACCCUCAAUCUGGGCAAGGAGAGCCAAAAGCACAGGCUCAAAGAAACACACGUGUGA